AUGGGCGACCACAUCCCCGCGACGGCGUCCAGCCAGCGCGUCGAGCCCGGGUCCGUCAAUCUGGAGCCCUUCCCGUGGCCAGUGACCGCGCAGAACCAGUCGGUCGACGCCGGUGCCGUCGCUGCCACGGUAGUAGGGUCUGUCAACGACGCCGUCGUAGCGAGAAACUUUGCCGCGCUCGCGUCCCUGUUCCUCGCCGACGGCUUCUGGCGCGACCACGUCGCAGUGUCCUGGGACUUGCACACGGCCAAGGGCCCGGCCGCCAUCGAGGCCUUCCUCGCCGCUGAGUGCCACCUCGCGCGCGUCGAGAUCGAUGCGUCCUCCGACUUCCGGAAGCCGCAGCUCACGGGGUUCGCGCCCGCGGGCGAUGUCAAAGGUAUCGGGUUUUUCAUCAACGUCGCCACGCGGCACGGCGCCGGCCGUGGCAUGGUGCGGCUGGUGGAAAAGGAGGGAGAGUGGAAGAUAUGGACCUUUUUCACCACGCUCGAGGAGCUGGCGGGCUUUGAAGAGCCCCGCGGUCCCAGACGGCCCAAGGGCGUCGAGCACGGUAGCAAGCCGGGCAGGUUGAACUGGCUGGAGAGGGGAGAGAUUGCUUCCGAGUUUGUGGAUAGUGAGCCGGCCGUCUUGAUUAUUGGCGCCGGCCAGGGCGGCUUGACUGCUCAUGCCCGGCUAAAGAUGCUCAACGUCUCGGCGCUCAUUGUCGACUCCAACUCGGCCGUCGGGGACAACUGGCGGAAACGCUACGACCAGCUCGUCCUGCACGACCCGGUCUGGUACGACCACCUCCCGUACGUGCCCUUUCCCGACACCUGGCCCGUCUUCACGCCCAAGGACAAGCUGGCCGACUGGUUUGCGUCAUAUGCGCAGACUCUCGAGCUCAACGUGUGGAUGCAGACCGAGAUCGAGUCCAGCGCCUGGGACGACGACAAGAAGGAGUGGACCGUCACGGUCCGGCGCGGCUGGGGGGACAAGUCAGAGACGCGCACGCUCCACCCCAAACACGUCAUCCAGGCGACGGGCGCCUCUGGCGAGAUAAACCUCCCUGAUAUCCCGGGCAUGGACGGGUUCGAGGGAGACGUGCUCUGCCACUCGUCCGACUUCCCGGGAGCAGAAGACCACGGUCCGAAUGAAGCCAGGACUAGGAGCUCGACGAAGAAGGCCAUCGUGGUCGGGGCCUGCAACUCUAGCCAUGACAUCUGUCAAGACUACUAUGAGCACGGAUACGACGUGACCAUGGUGCAACGGUCGUCGACGUGCGUGGUGACGAGCGAGGCGGCGCUCAAGUUCCUCGUCGGGCCGCUGUACUCGGAGGGCAACGGGCUGCCGAUCGAGGACAGCGACGUGGCCGUGUGGAGCUGGCCUAGCGAGGUCAUGAAAAGCCUCCAAGUCGACCUCACAAAGCUGCAGGUCGAGCACGAUGCCACCAUGCUGGCCGGACUGGAGGCCGCGGGCUUCAAGGUCGACACGGGCCCUAACGGCGGCGGCCUAUUCACCAAGUACUUGCAGCGCGGUGGCGGGUAUUACAUCGACGUGGGCACGUCGCAGCUCAUCAUCGACGGCAAGAUUCGCGUCAAGCAGGGCCAGGACGUCGUCGAGGUCCUGCCGCGCGGGCUCAGGUUCGCCGACGGGUCCGAGCUCGAGGCCGACGAGAUCGUCUUCGCCACGGGCUACGCCAACAUGCGCACGCGCGCCCGGAGCAUCCUCGGAGACGCACUCGCGGACCGCAUCGGGGAUGUCUGGGGAUGGGACGCCGAGGGCGAGAUGCGCGGCAUCUGGCGCCGCAGCGGCCACCCGGGGUUCUGGUUCCACGGCGGCAACCUCGCGAUGUGCAGGUACUGGUCGAGGGUCCUCGCGCUGCAGAUCAAGGCCAGCCUCGAGGGGCUCUCUUAG